AUGACUUCAUCGUUUCGAUAUGUUGCUUUCAGCCUCUUCGUUUUCUUAGCCUUGCAACAAGCGGCUUUUGGUUUGAUCUGUUAUUCAUGUUUAUCCUGUAACACUGUUGACAGUAAUACACCAACAACAAAUGUAGAUGGCAAUCAAGGAUUCGCGUGUAUGAAAACUAUAACGAUGGCUGCUGGCACAGUAACUGCGACAAAUCGUGGUGCCAUACGUAGUUGCUCCGAAGUCAACAGCGUCGUUGCUGGAUUUGGUAGCCGAACCACAUGCUAAAAAUAUUACGGUUCAAAAGCAUGGCAAUAA